AUGCGCCAAGAUACUGCCGUCAUUGAAGCCGUUACCUUUUCCGUCGGUGAAGUUAGACGCGUCCUCAGUCAAAUAAAACCAGACAAGUCUCCUGGACCCGACGGAAUUCCUGGUCUGAUACUUAAGGAGCUAUCAAAGGAGCUGGCGAAGCCUCUUUCGACGCUCUUUGAGCUGUCAAUGAGAACAGGAAGGCUGCCAUCACAGUGGAAGACAGCUAACCUCGUUCCCUUACAUAAAGGCGGUAGCAGGAUGGCAGCAAGCUGUUUCAGGCCUAUUAGCCUAACCUGCCUCUCGUGCAAAACGAUGGAAGCUCUAGUAAAGAGUGCCAUACAGCAAUUUUGUGAAGAAAAUAACCUCUUGCAGGAUUUCCAGCAUGGCUUCCGGAGAGGACGUUCUUGCCUCUCAAAUCUGCUAGCUUGUCUGGAGAUCUGGACCAGGGCCCUAGAAGAGGGUUUUGAAGUUGAUGUCGUGUACAUCGAUUUUCGCAAAGCCUUCGAUACUGUCCCGCACCAACGCCUUCUUCACAAAUUGAGCGCCAUCGGCAUCCAGGGAGAUCUUCUGAACUGGAUGGGGGCGUUUCUGGUUGGUCGGAAACAAAGUGUUUGCAUCGGUGAUGAUAUGUCAGAAUGGGUGAGCGUGGCCAGUGGUGUGCCUCAAGGCUCAGUUCUGGGACCAUUGCUAUUCCUCCUUUAUGUUAAUGACAGCCUUCAGGAACUCGACUGUGGCAAAAUAAUGUUUGCUGACGACGUUAAGCUCUGGCAAGUCAUUAAGAGUCCUAACGACCAGAGAUCCCUCCAAAACAAUCUUCUUCGACUGCAAGCGUGGUCGGAGAAAUGGCUUCUAGACUUCAAUGUGCAGAAGUGUGCCGUCCUCCAUCUGCGUCCAACUAACUCUCAUUCAAAUCAGAGCCUGAGGACAUAUCAUCUGAAAGAUAUAAGACUCCCCGCAGUAUCUUCAAAGAAGGAUCUCGGGGUUUGGAUACAGAACAAUUUGAAACCAACAUUGCAGUGCCACAAGGCUGCAAAAAACGCAAUGGGAGUGCUGCAUGCAAUCAAAAGGGCGUUCGUUACCUUUGACCAAGACCUUUUUGGGAGAGUUUACGGCACCAUCGCUUGGCCCCACUUAGAAUAUGGCAUACAAGCAUGGCGGCCAUGGCUUGUAAAGGACAAAGCAUGCCUCGAACGGGUGCAACGUAGGGCAACAAAGAUGGUAAACGGUCUAAAAAGCCAAUCCUUCACGGACAGACUGAAUUGCCUUAAUCUAUUCCCUCUGUUUUACAGGCAGCAAAGAGGUGAUCUAAUCCUGGUUUACAAGAUAAUAAAUGGCCUUGAGCAUGGACUUAACUUUGAGGACAUGUUUCAGUGGCACCUUUCACCCAAUCUUCGUGGCCACUCGAUGAAGCUACGGACAACAAUGUCCAGGCUGAACCUCCGUUCUGAAUUUUUCACGCAAAGGGUAGUGGAGAAAUGGAACGAUCUCCCUCAGUCAGUCGUGGAGGCGACAUCCCUGCAACUCUUCAAGAAACGCUUGGAUGAUUAUUUCUGUCCCCUGUUUUCCCUCGACAGUCUGAAUCUGAGCUAA